CGACAGCAAGGGGGUACUGGCUGCUGUAGUUCUUCGCGGUCUCUCUCUGUAUUUUUUUUAAGGAACAGCAGAGGCUCAGCACACAAGGACAGGGAAUAGUAAUAAGACCACGAACUGCUCCUUAUUUGCGCCUGUCAGAGGAUAGAUAUAUUUCGUACAUGCAGCAUUUGUAGAGAACACACAGGUUUCCCAUCCAGUGGCACUGUGAGUCAAGAGGAGAAAAGGCAGGAUGUCAGCCAGAGGAGGAAAGAAAAAGAUCACCAAGCUGUCCCGUUCUUCCCGGGCAGGAGUCAUUUUUCCAGUCGGGAGGAUGAUGCGUUACUUGCGCACAGGAACCCAUAAGUACCGCAUUGGCAUGGGCGCCCCCGUCUACAUGGCAGCUGUCAUCGAGUACUUAGCAGCUGAGAUCUUGGAGUUGGCUGGAAACGCAGCAAGAGACAACAAGAAGGGGAGAAUCACUCCACGACACAUCAAGCUGGCUGUGGCCAAUGACGAAGAGCUCAACCAGUUGCUCAGAGGGGUGACCAUAUCAAAUGGUGGCGUUCUGCCUCGCAUCCAUCCCGAGCUGCUCUCCAAGAAGAGAGGAGCCAAGGCAAAGGCGGAGACUCAGGUGUCCGUUCCCGAGAAGAGGGUGAACCGGAAACCCAUCAAGAAACCCAGCAAAAAGAUCAAAGGAAAACCAGGCCGCAAACCCAAAAAAAGCACAGAGAACGACAAAGAGGCAGAUGCCAACACAACGACUGAAGAUGGACCAGGAGAGGGCUUUACCAUUCUGUCUGCGAAAAGCUUGUUCCUUGGACAAAAGCUGUCUCUUACAGAGAGUGAAAUCGGCAAAAUCGGCACGAUCAAAGUGGAGGGAAUCAUCAAUCCCACAAACGCAGAGAUCGAUCUGAAAGAGGGAAUCGGUAACGCUCUGGAGAAAGCAGGAGGAAAAGAUUUCCUAGACACCGUCAAGGAGCUGAGAAAAAGCCAGGGUCCUCUGGAGGUUUCAUCAGUGGCUGUGAGUCAAGCCAAUGGGAUGGCAGCACGUUUCAUCAUCCAUUGUCACGUUCCUCAGUGGGGUUCAGAGAAGUGUGAAGAUCAGCUGGAGAAAACAGUCAAGAACUGUUUGUCUGCUGCCGAGGAGAAGAAGCUCAAGUCGGUGGCCUUCCCCUCGCUACCCGCCGGACGAAAUGGUUUCCCAAAGCAGACAGCAGCCCAGCUAAUACUGAAGGCCAUUUCAAACCAUUUUGUCUCAGCAACCACCUCCUCUCUGAAGAACAUUUACUUUGUUCUGUUUGACAGCGAGAGCAUUGGGAUAUACCUGCAGGAGAUGGCAAAGAUGGACGCCAAGUGAUGUCGAGUCGUGGGUUUGGUUUGAUUUUUUUUUUUUUUUGAAAGUGUACCGCCUCGAUGCAGCUCUGUUUAGUUUAGCUUCGACUGGUUUUGUCGGCCUGGCCGUCGUGGGAAGGUGAAAUGAGUUGAACGUGAGCUUUAGCGGAGAGUGCAUCCAGGCUAGUAGGAGCGUAAUAAGUGGAGUGUAGUGCAGCUUGGUGAAAGAUGUUGUAGGUAUAUGUUUUUGACAACAGAUUAUUUGAAGGUGUUUAAACAAAGAUUUUUGUGAGUGAUGUACUGUACACAUUUAUGUUUCACUGUUCUCCUUUAAAGAAAAGACAUUCAUUUAGACUAGAUCAACUUAAUCUUCAUUGUUUGCCAUUUUUAUCCUUAGACUGAUCUUGUUUUUACAUUCCAUGUUCAGAGUUGAACUUUUGACCGUUGUUUUUUUGCCUAGAUAUGUGUGGUUUCUGACCGUUUUUUUGGUUAAAAAAAAAUAAAAAACGUGUUUCUUGUUCUUCUUUGAAAUAAAAAAAAAAUGUUUUACACCACAAA